AUGAGUAUUGACUUGGAGGCAAGCCUUAGUCAAACCGAAAGGAGUAUCUUUGAGUUGAUAAGAAGCCAUGCUAGAACACUUGGCGAUGUUGUUCCAAGGGUUGCUGGAGGAUGGGUAAGAGACAAGCUAAUGGGGAAUUCAUGCUUUGAUAUGGACAUUGCAUUGUCAAACAUCAGUGGAUAUGAGUUUGCAUUAGGGUUAAGUGAAUCGGCAACAGACCAUAAGAUAACUACAGUGCAUGUAAUCAAGAACAAUCAUGAAAAGUCAAAACACCUGGAAACAGCUGUUGUGAGAAUAAAUGAUAUAUGUGUGGAUUUUGUUGGGUUAAGGAGCGAAACUUAUUCCGACGCAAGGGUUCCUUGUGUGGUGCCUGCAACGCCAGAAGAGGAUUCGUUUAGAAGGGACCUAACAAUCAACUCGCUGUUCUAUAAUUUAUUUACAAAUGCAAUUGAAGACCACACGGGCCGAGGAAUUGAGGACAUCCGUAAUAAAUUGCUGGCUACACCAUUGGACCCAAAGGUGACGUUAUUUGAUGAUCCACUGAGGAUAGUCAGGAUCCUCCGGUUUCAUUCGAAGCUCAGGUUUGAUAUUGAUGAAAAAAUAUAUAAUGCAAUGGAAGACGAAGAGAUCCGUAAGGCACUUGCAAGGAAGGUUUCGAACGAAAGGAUUUACAUUGAGAUAUCAAAGAUGAUCCACUAUUCUAUGGGGCAAUAUGGAUUGCUUGAGAUAAUCCGGAGAAGAUAUGUAGAGCCGAUAUUCAAGCCUCCAGUUUUGAUAGAACAGUCCUAUGAACAGGGAGUCAAGUUUAUAGAGGCAGUUGAGGAAAUCACCAAUCUGUGCACAAGGCCAUAUAGACGAGAAAUUCUUUGCCUUUAUACUAUUCUGUGUUUUUUCAGCAGACAAACGAUUACAGGAUGCAAGAAGAGUUCAUAUUGCAAUACUUAUAUAAUGAAGGUUUGUCUUCCGUCAUCUAAGGCAUUUGUCAAGACAAUAGACAGCAUUGAAAAAAACCUUACUUUUCUGGACACGCAUGAUUUGGAGAAUCUUGGAGCUGAAGGCUUCAUAAGAAUAGUAAGGUACAUGGGAGAGAUAUGGUAUGAGUCUCUUAUUAUUUACUGUGCAAUAGAGCACAUGAAAAAUGAAAAGGAGAAGUUCAAGAACGGAUUGGGAAUAAUAUGUAAGAUAAUACAAGAGUCUAUUGAAGAGUACUAUAAGGCCACAUCAAUAGUAGAUGCAAGCAGCCUGAUAAGAGAGCUUGGGAUUGUAGAAUGCGAAAUGCGAUUCUAUAUUGAGGAAGGAAUCGUUUAUCAGCUUCUAACUCAAACUGAUGAUCCUAGAAAGAUUGUUGAGCAUUUGAAAAGAGUCAAGGGCUCACGCAUGAACUUGUGA